UCCUUCCGUCUUGUGCUCGUCCUCAAGCUUAACAAAACACAAAGUACAUUAUUCUCCACCUGGCUGUUUGACACUCAACGUAGACUUUCUCAGUGGAUCAAAAUAACACAAAAUAGGACACCACACCAAUAUGUCAGAAACUGUAAAGUAUGUGGAUGAUGAACACAAGACCAUCUUCCUGAAGAUUUUGAAUGAGCAGAGGCUGGAGGGAGAGCACUGCGACAUUGCAGUAGUGGUGGAGGAUGUGAAAUUCAGGGCCCACCGCUGUGUAUUAGCAGCUUGCAGCAAUUACUUUAAGAAGCUAUUUAAAAAGCAUGAAGUAGACAGCUCCUCCGUUAUAGAAAUCGACUUCAUUCGGUCUGACAUCUUUGAAGAGGUUCUGAACUACAUGUACACAGCUAAGAUUUCCGUUAAGAAAAAAGAUGUGAACCUAAUGAUGUCUUCUGGGCAGAUUCUUGGAAUCCGUUUCCUGGAUAAGCUCUGCUCACAGAAACGGGACAUGUCUCCCGAUGAAAAGACUGACCACAGGAAUGCCAAAUUUCCCUACGACAUUGUGAAAAUUGGGAUCCCCACGGACGACCCACAGCUAAACCAAGACAACGACGUACAGGUGCUAGGAGACCAUGACGACACUCCGUCCGACGACAUCGUUGAGGAGGCCCAAGGCAAUCAUCACGACUUAGACAAAUCACCCAACAGUGCACUGAGAGUGCAGGAGGCUAUUCUGAAGGAGCUGGCCGAAGGGGAAGUGCACAAAGUCAGCUGUUACGACCAGGAGGUGGAGGCCAUGGACACGGAGCCCAAAGAGCUAGGGGCGCAUGCCGCUCAGACGCUUUCAUUUGCAGACAGCAUGGGGGAGGUGAAAGAUGAGCAAGCCCCAGGGUGGACGACAACGGCAGCUGACAUGAAGUUUGAGUACCUCCUGUACGGCCAUCGGGAACAGCUGUCCUGCCAGGUGUGCGGAAAGACGUUCAUAGAUGAAAACCGGCUGAGAAAACAUGAGAAGCUGCAUUCGGCCGAACGGCCAUUCAUUUGUGAGAUCUGCACUAAGGCAUUCACCACUCAGGCACACCUAAAAGAGCAUCUGAAGAUCCACACGGGCUACAAGCCGUACCGCUGCGACGUCUGUGGCAAGUCUUUCAUCCGGGCACCGGAUCUGAAGAAACACGAGAGGGUGCACAGUAACGAGCGACCCUUUAGCUGUCAGAUGUGUGAGAAGGCCUUCAAACACAAGUCCCACCUGAAGGACCACGAGCGUCGCCAUCGAGGAGAAAAGCCGUUCGUAUGCGGCUCCUGCACAAAGGCGUUUGCCAAAGCAUCUGACCUGAAGAGACAUGAGAAUAACAUGCACAGCGAACGGAAGCAGCUCCCUGCCAACGCCCUUCAGAGUGAGACUGAACAGUUACAAGCCGCUGCCAUGGCUGCAGAGGCUGAACAACAACUGGAAUCCAUAGCAUGUUCAUGACAUGUGCUCUAUACCUAAAAGGGGCCAGUAUACCAUAAAA